AUGGUCCUCCGUGAGGAUGACAGGGUUCCUGCCACUAAGAGGAAGGCAAGCAGGCCUCCAGAGGCCCCUGGAAAGAGGUCCAGGGAUGCAGGUGAACCCGCUGCUGUCUCAGCAGAGACCGUCAGGGAGAGGAAGAGGGGGAGCUGUACCGAGCGGCUGUCGACCACAGAGACCCCUGGUAGCUGUGAUGUCCAGCCAAGCUCCAGCAACCCCUCAACCCCCCGACAGGACAACGGGAACACCUACAUGUCAGCCUCAGAGAGCAGAGCACGUUUUGAAAGAAAGUACCUUCAGCUUCAGAUUCUCGGGGUGGCCGUCAAAUACAUCCCUAAAGGGAAGGUGGAGACUCGACCAGUGUUCCAACUUGGGAAGGUGCUCCAGGUCCCGCUGGAGGUGCUGCUCAUGUUGAAAGCAGCCGACCGACCGGCUUCAGCGGGGAAAUCUGCAGUCGUGUCGUUCUUGGACUGGUAUGACCUGGAGCAGGAGGUUCUCCUGGUCAUGGAGAGACCAGUUCCCUCCGUGGACCUGUUCACCUACAUCCUCAACAACGAUGGUCCCCUGCAGGAGGACACGGCUCUGAGCAUCAUGAAGCAGCUGGUGGAUGCAGUCAUGCACAUGCACUCCAAUGGAGUCUUCCAUCGUAACAUCAAGUCAGAGAACAUCCUCAUACAGACCGGCUCCGACGGUCUUCGUGUGAGGAUCAUAGACUUCGGAUGUGGGUGCAUCUUGGCUGACGGAGCUUACCGCAAGUUUUCCGGAACCCCUGACUUCGCGCCUCCAGAGUUGUACAUGUGUGGGAGCAAGAGGCUGGCCCCACCACAGUCUGGCAUUUACCACCACGAGUUCAUCUGCGACAACAUUAGAUUCAGCAGUAAGCUGUCGCGAGGAUGCCUUUUCAAAGUUUGA